CUUUGUAAAAACUUCUCUACUCUUUGUACAUAAUUACACGCAUAUAUUCCUCGGCUUCAAAGAAAUGCUGUCAAAGACUAAGAUUGAGAAUGUCACUUGCCUUGCUCUCAAUUUCUUAAAUAUUCUUCUAUACCUACUUGUCAUUGCCGCCGCCUGCUAUAAAUGCAUCAACUCCAACUUUUCGCAAAUUGUCUUAUCCAUCUAUGGAGCAAUAAUAGCGGCUGCUCUUACGAUAAACGAAAUCCAAUCACCACUUCUGACACAAGAAUACUUUCGAUUUAUGUGCAUAUAUAGAGGCCGCGGUUUGAUCUUCUUCUUUUUUGGAUGCCUCGUUCUAGGCGAAGAAGUCCUCAAUAUUAUUGUUGGUACGCUGACUCUCAGCUGGGGGUUGUUUUACAUAAUUUUGUCCUUUAUUGCCAGUAUACCACCACCAAAUUCGUUAGUCAUAAACUGGCAAAAUUGGAAGGACUUCUCAGCAGAAGGUCUGGACCUCAGUCGACCACGUAACUCUACAAUUGAGAGCGUUGCAGCAAUCCAACUCAAAGGCCCUCCACGACCCAGUUCGUCCAUGGCCCAACCAACCAUAUCUAGAUACAGCAACGGCUAUAGUUUGACUGAAGCAGAUAUGGGAGAUUGGAGAGUAGACUCUGAUUAUGGUAGUGUCAAAGAGGGUGUUCAAUAUGUUACCCAACCCAGCUCUGAGUAUGAUGGUAGUUUUGUAUCGCCAGUCCACUCGCCAAGAACGUCCGGGAUCGCUUCUCCACACAUGGGUUAUUCCCAAGGACAAAGAUGGUGAAUAUCCAUUUGACAAAGAAAGAAAGAAUCAAAUAGAAAAAAGUAGUCGGUCCCGAAUGUAAAUAAGUGCAAGCGCACCUUAACUCCAGUACACAAACAUAGUGAAAUUUCAAAAUAUAUAUUUUCUUUUGUUCAGCACAACCGUGCCAUGUACUGUAUAUGUCUAUAUAAACUGUAGAUUGCAAAGAGCGUU